AUGCGGCCCGAUGACAUUAACCCGAGGACUGGGCUGGUGGUGGCCCUGGUCAGUGUCUUCCUGGUCUUUGGCUUCAUGUUCACGGUUUCUGGGAUGAAAGGGGAGACAUUGGGCAACAUCCCUCUCCUGGCCAUCGGGCCGGCCAUCUGCCUACCGGGCAUCGCGGCCAUUGCCCUGGCCAGGAAAACCGAGGGGUGCACCAAGUGGCCUGAGAAUGAGCUGCUCUGGGUCCGAAAACUGCCCUGCUUCCGGAAACCCAAGGACAAGGAGGUGGUGGAACUGCUGAGGACCCCUUCAGACCUGGAGUCAGGAAAAGGGAGCUCGGAUGAACUGGCUAAGAUGGCGGGCCUCAGGGGGAAGCCUCCCCCUCAGGGGCAGGUCGAAGUGACCGCCAGCUCCAUCACCAUCCCCACACCCAAAGAGGAAGGAGAAUGUCAGAGCCUGGUCCAGAGCGCCCAUCAGGAGACGUCCAGAUACCUGGACGGCUAUUGCCCUUCCGCCAGUUCCCUCGCCUACAGUGCCUUGGAGGCCAAGUGCUCAGCCUGGGACAGGUCCGACUGCCCUGAGCCUGAGGACAGUAUUUUCUUUGUGCCGCAGGACAGUAUCAUCGUUUGCUCCUACAAGCAAAAGAGCCCCUAUGACAGAUACUGUUGUUAUAUCAAUCAGAGCCAAGGCAGGUGGGACCAUGAGACAAUAGUCUAA